AUGGAGGUAAGUAUCGAGCAAUGCUGUGCCAUCAGAUUUUGCUUCAGACUAGGAAACAUUGGUGCAGAAACCCAUGAAAUGAUCAAGAAAGCCUACAAAGAUGAAGCAAUGUCCAGGGCUCAAGUUUUCAAGGGGCACAAGCUCUUCAAAGAAGGGUGCACCUCCUUUGAAAAUGAGCUUUGUUUUGGGUGGCUUUCCACUGAAAGAAGUGAUGAAAAUGUCCAGAAAAAUUACCAACUUGUCCAUUUAAAGCGGUUGGACCUUUCAUAUGGAAAUGUUAACCAAAUUCUGACUGACAACUGGCAAUUGGCUCCUUCACCAGGAAAAUGCACCUGCGCACACUGUCCUCACUGUGAAUGA